GUAUUUAUAUUUUAAAAUGAGUUAAUCCAUUAAAGUAAACUAUAUUGAUAAUUCCAAGAUAUAAGAGGCUGUGGUACUUGAUGAUAUUGAAAUCAUUUAGAAUAAAUAUGUAAUGUGUUUAAGAAAAGUUCUUGGAAAGGUAUAUUUUAUUAAAAUUAAUUAAUAGGGAAGCUAUGCCUUUGUCUAUCAGGGUUAUAUGAAAGAGAAUGAAAAUGAAUAAAUUGCUAUUAAAAUCAUUCAAAAGUUAGGAACUGAAUAAAAAAGGAAAUCGUUUGAUGUUUUAUCUAAUUUUAUAAAAAGAGAAAAACUUAAUCAUGGGAAAUUAUAAAGUGAAAAUAUAGUAAAGUAAUUAUUAAUUUUAAAUAAUAAGGAUGAUUGAUUUUGUUGAAGAUGAAGGAAGUAUUUAUUUCAUUUUAGAAUUUUGUGAAGAAAAAUCCCUUUCUGAUAAAUUAAUAAGUGGUCCACUUAAAGAAAAUGAAGCCCUUUGGAUUUUUAAAUAAGUUUUAAAUGGGUAUAGAGAAUUAAUUGAAUCAAAUAUUAUUCAUAGAGAUUUAAAACCAGAAAAUAUUCUAUUUUCAAAAGGAAUUGCAAAAAUAGGAGAUUUUGGUUUUUCUAUAUAUUUAGAUGACUUAAAUACAACUUCAGACCAUACAAAACUAGGAACUCCUUUAUACACUGCACCUGAAAUUUCAACUGGGAAAUAUUCUUCCAAAGCAGAUAUAUGGUCAUUAGGUGUUAUUCUAUAUUAAAUGCUAUAUGGUUAUGUUCCUUUUGAUAUUUCAGUCCCAAAAGAUUUAGAAAAAUCUAAAAAACUUCCUAUUAAAUACCCAAAUACAAUUAGUGUUGAUGUAAUAGCAUUAUUAUAAAAAAUGCUUGUUGUUGAUCAAAAUUAAAGAAUAAGUUGGCAAGAUCUAUUUGCAGAGAAUCUUGUAGGAUUGAUAAAAGCUCAAUAAAGUUAAAUUUAAGAUUAAGUUACUUAAUCGAAAGUUAUAAAAAUUGACUAAAAACUUGAUAAAGAGAUGAAAGUUUAAAAUAUCUAUAAUUAUUUUAUUUAUGUAUCCGAUAUUCUUACCUUUAUCAGAAGUUUAAUCUGUGAAAUAUCGAAACUUCAAACUGCUGUAAAAUUUUCAAAAGAGCAAAUAAAACAUUAUAAUAUCAUUACUACAAAAUAUUUAUUAAAUGAAAUUAAAUUUUAUUUAAGAGUUUUGAAUGGAGAAGUAAAAUAAUCAAAAUUAUUUUUUAUUAGAUGUUAAUGUAAUUAUUAAUAUUACCAAAUGAUUUUCAACUAUUUAAGAAAAGUGAUCAGUAUUAUUAAGUACUUAAUAAUUUCAAAUGUAAUUCGGAGACUUUAGAACAAUUCUAUCAAAAAAUUAAAGAAGCAUAUGAUAAGUAUUUUUAAUAAAUCUAAGUUUAAAAUACAAAUAAAGAAAUAAUUAAACAAUUUGAGUUUUACAGUGAAGGAUUGAAAUAAAAUGAAAACAAUUCUAAAUUUUAUGAAGCAUUCAAUACAAUUUACUUAAAUCUGGUAGAUCAUAUAAUAGAGAAAGUGAAUCAUCAAAAAGUUUUAAUAGAAGAAAAGGACCAUUUAUUUAGAACAUUAAUAAAAUUAUUACAUUGUUUUUAACCAUUGUAGUUUAGUCAUCAUAAAUUGGAAGCAUUUAAAGUUGAAUAAAAGCUACGAACUUCAUCAAGUUUAGAAAAAGAAUUUAAUGAACUUUAUUAUUAAUUGCUUUCUAAGAGUUGA